ACAAGGAGCCAACUAAGACAUCCAUAACUUGUUUGCACGAGAACAAUCAGCCAAGAUGUCGCGGAAAGGUUUGAUGGAACAAGAUUUAAAGAAAUUGGACGUGACAAAGCUCCAUCCGCUUUCUCCAGAAGUUAUAUCUCGUCAAGCUACCAUUAAUAUUGGUACUAUUGGUCAUGUGGCACAUGGAAAGUCUACAGUUGUAAAAGCAAUUUCAGGAGUCCAGACUGUACGUUUUAAGAAUGAGCUGGAGCGUAACAUUACCAUUAAGCUGGGAUAUGCUAAUGCAAAGAUAUACAAAUGUGAAGAUGACAAGUGCCCUCGACCUAUGUGCUACAAGGCUUAUGGAAGUGGAAAGGAAGACAGUCCCUUAUGUGACGUACCUGGGUUUGAAAAUUGUAGGAUGAAACUGUUGCGACACGUUUCUUUUGUAGACUGCCCGGGUCAUGACAUUCUUAUGGCUACCAUGCUCAAUGGAGCAGCCAUUAUGGAUGGAGCGUUGCUUCUGAUUGCAGCCAAUGAAAGCUGCCCUCAACCUCAAACUUCUGAGCACCUUGCUGCUGUUGAAAUUAUGCGCCUUCAACAUAUUAUAAUCCUCCAGAAUAAAGUUGAUCUUAUUCAGGAAAAUGUAGCAAUCAAUCAACAUGAAGCGAUUCAAAAGUUUAUUCAGGGAACUGUUGCUGAUGGUGCGCCAGUAGUACCAAUUUCUGCUCAGCUGAAAUAUAAUAUUGAUGUUGUUUGCGAGUAUAUAGUGAAAAAGAUUCCAAUCCCUGAAAGGAAUUUUGUCUCACCUCCUAAUAUGAUUGUCAUUCGUUCUUUUGAUGUUAACAAACCUGGAUUUGAAGUUGAUGAGAUCAAAGGUGGCGUGGCUGGUGGUAGCAUAUUACGGGGUGUUUUAAAGGUGAAUCAAUUUAUUGAAGUUCGUCCAGGGAUUGUUGUUAAAGAUGAAAGUGGUAACAUCAAGUGCACCCCGAUAUAUUCCAGGAUUGUUUCUUUGUAUGCGGAGCAAAAUGAGCUGCAAUUUGCAGUCCCUGGAGGUCUAAUUGGGGUUGGCACAACCAUGGAUCCCACUUUGACCCGUGCUGACAGAUUGGUUGGUCAGGUUCUUGGUGAAGUUGGGUCACUUCCUGAUGUUUUUGUUGAGCUAGAGGUAAACUUCUUCCUUUUGCGGCGGCUUCUAGGUGUGAGGACGAAAGGAUCAGAAAGGCAGGGAAAAGUAUCAAAACUGGCCAAGGGAGAGAUUCUAAUGUUGAACAUAGGAUCCAUGUCUACAGGAGCUAGAGUACUUGCAGUAAAGAAUGAUUUGGCAAAGUUGCAGCUUACUUCUCCUGUUUGCACCAGCAAAGGGGAGAAGAUUGCUCUAAGUCGCCGAGUCGAGAAGCAUUGGCGUCUUAUUGGCUGGGGUCAAAUUCAAGCCGGAACUACUCUUGACGUCCCCCCCUGCCCCAUUUGAGUUGUCGCCGAAAAAAGGUAAAGAGUCGAGAAGCGAGUCGAAAGAGUAGAAUGGCAGAACUGAGGAAAAUGUGGGAAGGUAGACAGUUUCUUGGAACCAUUUUUGUUAGGUGGAGGAGAAAACGCCAUCUGGUUUCUCAUUGUUUAUUACGUUUGCCUUUUCCCUUUUUACCCCCCGAAGUCUUUCUGAUUUUUAAUAUUUUUACUUCAUGGAUGCGAGCAAUUGGAGUCAGUGAACAUGGGAUAGUUUCUUCAAUGACAUCCACACGAUGAGGUAUUGUUUUCACAUUCAAUAAGUUUGGUUGAGACUUUGAAUUAAAUAACCCAUUAAGGUUGAAUUCAAGCUCAAUGCAAGCCAUAUUAUGUAGAAAAUACUCAUUUUGUGGCUAUCUGAGAGAAUCUGAUUGGGAAAAAGCAAUCGAAAAGGUUUCGACCUUUGAGCGAGGCAGCAUUUGGGAGGUGGCUAUGGACUCCUUGGCUUAGGAUGGUAAUCUUUCUUUGACUCGAAUGGGUUGUAGGACCUUGCAACCAUAGAUUGAGAUUCUGUUGUACUACGAAUACACACAGACAUUUUUUUUUUAUUUUGGCAUUUUUGGGUCAUAACUCAUCAACUAAGAA